CCCGGAUAGAGCAGCAGGAAAAACACAACGAGAAAGCGUCAAAAUAGCAGCGGAAGCUUGAGAGCUGCAACUUGAAUAGCCAGUGGAAAUUGGCUCUUGCGUGACAGCUGCUGACAGAAGUGAGAACGGAACUCAUCUCUCCUUUCAUGAUCCAAAGUUCAGAGCUCUAAUGGAUGAAGAGGAAACGCAAAGAAAUGAGGUGGCAAAGCAGAUGAAAGGGGCAAUGGACCCUGAGAAUAGUGUGGACAUAGGAUCCCUCUGGACAACCACACCGGCCUCUGAUGAGAACAAGAACCAAAUCCAAGGCUUGGUGAGCGGGCACCAACAGGGCCAGCAAGACUGUGUCAACAACAACGAGGCAGAGCCACACAGCAAGACUGGGGAUUCCAGAGGCCUGGCACAGGGCCUCAAAAAUAACAAGGCAGCGAACUGCAGCGAUAGCCCGAGUGCCAACAGCGAGGGGGUCAAGGGAAAAGGGACAUGCCCAAAAAGGAAUGGAAAACACAAAAAGGGCAUGAAGGCAGAAUUGUCAGGAGAGGUUUCUGAAGCCUGCACAGCAGUGGCUUUAGACAGCAUCUCUAAUGGUUGUCAGGGGCCUGGCGAGGAGGAGGAGGGGGACGAGGACGGGGACGGGGAUGUCCUGGAGGGGUCUGCCCGCUGUCAACAGAAAAUUGAAAAAACGUGUCUCCUGCAGUCGCUAUUCUCUUUGCUCCAAGGUGGGAUGGAACAGAGUGACUCCAGCGUGCUGCCACAGUGUCUCCACCAGAUAGCUGAGACCUACUUCCAAGAACAUGAUUAUGAAAAAGCUGUCCAGUUCAUCCAGCUGGAAAGACUGUACCAUGAGCAGCUGCUGUCUAAUUUGUCAGCUGUUCAGAAGCAGUGGGAAUCCAGAAGGAAAGUAGCCCUGUCUCAGGAGACCAAGCCCUUCAGAAACUCUCUGAAAACUCUGGAAGCUCAGGAACUGGCAACGCUGACGAAGCUCUGCAUGACACACCGAAGGCCGACUCUUACUGCUGAAAAGCCUGUUACAACUGAGAAUGCAUUGAAAAACAGCCUUAUUCCUUUGAAGAAAGCUGGAGAGCAGGGGAAACCCGACCCUAAAGCCACUACAUGCAGUUCAGGCAGCGGACCUGACACAGAAGCACCGAGGGAGGAAAAAGAAGGCAAACAGGAGAGCAUGUCGGACGGAGGAUCUGUUUCUGGGAGCGAGACUGGCAGAAGUGAGCUUGUGGGCAGCCACCAGAGGGAGCCAUCGGGCACAAGAUCACCUCAGGCUUCUGGGCCACUUGGCCAACCCUACACUGACUCUUUGUUUACUAAGAGCACUUGUGGGGAGGGCAGCUGUUUCCAGCCAGCAGCAGAGGCAGAGCAGCUCCCUGAAGACAUGCUGACAGAUGCAGAAACCUCAGAGCAGCAGGGGGAGCGGGAUGGGGAGGAGGAGGAGGAGCUGCUGCCGUCCAGGAAUACACAGUUGCUUGACACAGCACAAAAGAAGCUUCUUCCCGGGCAAGCCAGUCCAGUACAGCAAGCAGGCGGUGUACAAUAUGACUCCUCUGCCAGUGGGGAGCAGGCUGGUGAAGGAAAUCACCUGGGAGAAGAGGUAAAGGUGAAAGGCAAAGGUUUGUUGUCGUCACCUCCUGGAGAAGAGGCAAGGGACGACUGUAACAUCACAGCAGCAGGGAAUGAAGCACUCCAGUCAGAGCACAUGAGUGAGCUGGGGGAGCUAGAAGGACAGGGAGGGGGUGAGGAGGAGGAGGAGAAGGAGAAGGAGAAGGAGGAGGAGGAGGAGGAGGAGGAACUGGGUCUGGAGGAAGGGGAAGCAGACUUGGAGAGCGAGAAAGGCUUGAAGGCCUCGGGGAGAGCAGAGGAGGUGGAGAAGAAAGGCUCUCCUGACAGGGAUGUUGCCUCUUCCACGAGCGGAUCUGUGGCUGAAUCUGAGCUAGACACGUCCCCCCAUGGCUUCCUGGAUGUGUGGGGUCUGGAUGACAGUGUGCCCUCCCUGGAUGACCUCGCUAAGAGGAUAGAGAUUGAGGAGAUCACCCCGGCAGAGGGCCUUGUAUCCAUUCUGAAGAGAAGAGGCUCGCUUAAUGGAGCAGAAGUACCUUCAGUGAGGGUGAAACGAGGGGCGAAACGGAGAGUUCGAUUCAAGGAGACAGACGACAUGCUCGACCAGGACGAAGUGGGAAUGGACUCCUGCCUCCUGCUGGUUCUGCUGUGCGUUGUGACGGUUUUCAUCAGUGUGGGCGGCACUGCUUUGUACUGCACCUUUGGGGAUGUGGAGUCCAGCGUUUGCACAGACUUUUCAAGCAACAUGGACUUCUACUUCACCCAGAUGCAGCAGAGGGUCCAGGACCUCAAACGCUGGCUCUCCCCUGGCUCAUAACAGAAUGCGUCUGCAUGCUCUCUCUUGUUCUUACUCAUUCUUUUUCUCAUCUCCCUUCCUAUUAAAUCACAGAACAGUGGUUGCAUAGAAGGACCCAACAUAAAGCAUUACUUCAGCGCAUUUAAACCUCAACCUGGCUGAAAUACAGCAGAUGGGUCCUGUAAAUUUGAGCAUCAAGCAUUAGCUUUGUGGUGAAAUACAUGACGCCAGUAGUAAGAGGUGUGCUGGACUUGAAAGACGAUUCUUCAACACUCUCCUUUUCACAAUAGCUGCAAAACAGAAGCUGUUGUCCUGUUGCUCUAUUUCCUGAUUAGCUGCCUACAUGCAACAGGACAUGCUGAAGCGUGCCCGAUGAUUAAGCAGCCUGUCCAAGAAGGUUACAUCAUACUGCCAUGGGUGAAAGUUUGGUUUUAAUGUAUUGAAGAAAUAAACAUAUAUAUACAUGUUUAGUUUUAAACAUAAGUCUUUAUAAGUCUCAUUACUGUUAAAAAAAGAAAACAAAAAAGUUUGAGUUGUUUUUUUUUUUUUUUUUUUUUUUAAAUAUUUAUCUUUUCAGGUUUUGUGUCCUACCUCUGAUUUUAACUGAUUAACAGUUUCUAGGCAGCAGUGAUUUGUAAGUUCUCAAUUUUAAAAAUGUAACUGAGAUGGGAUAGGUAAGCAAUAUAUUAAACAUUGGGCAUUGAAACUUGUUUGGCGGUGUGGGGGCCCGGUAGCUAGACAGGCUGUUCGAUUGUUCUAAAUGCACAGUUUGUAGUAUAGGAUUUUGCUCUAGUAUUCCAAGUACUGUAGUUACCUCCCUGGUUGGUGAUCUGGCUUCGUUUUAUUUCCAGUUUCUUUUUUAUUCUUUUUAUAGUAUUGAUGUUUCUUUAGGUUAUGCACUAACCUUGUUUUUUUUUUUUUUUUUUUUUUUUUUUCCGGGCGCACAACUUAAAAACUAAAUUUAAAGAACCAAAAAGGCCUUUCACUGCAUAUGCUGUUUCAGUGAACAGAAACUAUAAUCAAAAUAAAAAAAAAGCAAAACAGUCACCAUUUAAAAUGAAGCAAAAUAACAGAAUAUGAAGCUUUAUAGAUUUUUUUUAAUGUCUCUGGCUGGAUCAGUUGACUCAGUUCUUCAAAUUGUGUGGUUUUAACUAUUUAUUAAGUAUAAAGAGCUGUAUGGAAAAGAUUUAAAAAAAAUAAUCAAAAAUGAUACUUUUUCAAUCAAAAUUGUAUUGAGAUGCAUGUGUUCCUGUAUUGUACUGUUUGGAAUUGAUGUGUAGUUUGUGUACUUUUUGGGUUCUCACCUGUUGUGUUAAAUGUUCCACAAAAAAAAAAAAAAAAAAUCGAUGAUUUUUAUCUCCGUUAUUUAGUCCCUACCACUAAAAUAUGUUAACAUGAAUACUGUGUUAGAUGUCAACAGCAUACCUGUGAUUUUAUUUUGGCAAUGUUUAAUUAGCUCAACUGUGUAUCAUGUACCCAUAGCUCGUGCAUCACCACGUUUUAAUAGCUGUCCACAUUUUUUUUUAAUGUGUUGUAAUUGCUCAACAAUGGAACAUAAAUGAAAUGAUUUGGA